GAGAAAUCCCUGGAAGCUUUUUUGGUGACCUGUGGACUCAGACCAGCUUAGCGAUUACGAGUUGUUUGGCGGGGUGGGGGGAGUUUUUGUGGGAGGGGCGUUGUUGUGUUUUUUAGUUAGUAUAGUUAAUAUAGUUGGUACUGUUUCUUAGCAUUUUAGUGUUCUUUGGGAUAGUUAGUAUUGUUAAUAUUUUAGCGUAGUCCAUAGAGUUAGAGUAGUUAUUUGUAUAUAGUUAGUGUAGACAAAGUAGGCACCAUGAGGCAGGGCUUGGCCUCCACCUCACCUGCCCUGCGGCCACCUUAUUAUCAAAUACUAAACUUUAUAGGCCGUGGUGCCUUUGGGGAGGUCACGCUGGCCCGCCACUUAAUGACUGGCAUCCGGGUGGCGGUGAAAACAAUCAACAGAACCAGCUUCCUCUCUAGCCACAGAGAGAUGACUGUUUUACAGUCGGUCCGCCACGGCAACAUCAUUAACCUUUACCAAAUGAUUAACAGCAGAGAGGCGUGCCAUUUCGUUAUGGAGUAUGCCGCAGGAGGAAGCCUGGCCAACUGGCUUGACCACCACAUAGUGGAGGAGGAGGAGGCCCGAGGCAAGUUCCAACAAAUGCUGUCCGCCGUGAGCUACCUCCACCGCCGAAGCAUCGCUCACCGAGAUCUUAAACCUGACAACAUGUUGUUAGAUGGCAACGGGAACAUAAAAAUUGCAGAUUUUGGAUCAGCCAUAACUUUUUAUGAGGGGCAGAGGCUGAGAGCAGGUCAUGGGACCCUCCCCUACAUGGCCCCAGAACUCUUUGGGGCCCAGGGCUAUGAAUGUCCCGCCAUGGACAUAUGGAGCCUAGGCGUCACGUUAUACCAGAUGGUGUCCAACAGUCUGCCCUUCUUCGCAGUGAGUCGUUUCCAACUGAUAUCCCUCAUUCUAUCUGGCCAGUAUGUUAUUCGGCACUAUUUCUCAGAAGGCCUAAAAAGCCUAAUUAAAAACCUUUUAAUAUCUAAUCCCAAUGAGCGGCCGACAGCAGACAAAGUCUUGAGGGACCCGUGGGUGAACAACGGCCAGGACUUGCCUCCAGCGACGUAUGAAGAGCCGAUUGAAGACCACCCGAACUGUGAGACCAUAAGGCUCUUGGUGGCCAUGGGAUUGAAGCCAGAAAACAUCGUAAAGGCAAUUGAAGGCCACGUCUUUAAUUAUCCCAUGGCCACCUACCGUAUUGUAGAUGGAGAAAAAAAGCCAUCCAUUACCACUCCACAGUCUCUUGCUCCUGGGGAUCCUACAUGUUUAGUCACUGAGAUUUCCAGUUCACCUGCCGGCCUUCACAGGAAGUCAGACCCCCAGCAUGCCCCCACGGCCUCCCUGACCAUCGAGCGCAAUUGUGGAGAUGUAGAAAACUUGGCACGGCAAGCCCUCCAGUGUGACCGUGUGGCCUCCUCCACUGUAAGCGCCAUAGGCGGUGGUGGUGCUUUAGAAACCUUGGCAGAGCAAGCCCCCCAGCGUGACCUCGUGUCUGCAGCCUCCAGCAAGUGCUCCACCGGCAGUGAAAAUUUAGAAACUUUGGCUCAACCAGCCCUCCCGCAUAACCUCACGGCCGCCUCCACCCAGAUCACCACCCAGAGCACCGUGGCUCAACAACCAGCACACGAAGGCAGCGUCCUCCAAGCUGGGCAGCCCGAGGCUGUGUUGGCCCGGCCAAGAAGAGGCUGGAGCUGCCGCAGGGCUGCCCGAAGGUGCAUUGCCAUAAUAAGGAGAUGCUGUUGCUGCCUCUGUCCACCCAAGAGGCAGAGUAAGAGGGCCCACCCAAGAGAAAAAAUUGGAGAGGACGAAGGCCCGAAACCUGAGAUGCCCAGGAGCAACGUUGGAGCCUGCAGCACUUUAUAUAAAAAAAUAUAAAAAUAAAUGUAUCAUUCUGAUAAAUGACCAUUUCUUGCUUCUUGCAAAUUUUGUAGUAGCAUUGGAAAGGUGGCACGUGGGUUGCAGACACUCUGCUGCUUUGUGCCCUCCCUGCACAGGACCGGGGCUAAGAGAAGGGCAAGGUGUGAGGCAAAGGAAAAGGCAGAUUUACUAGCACCUGCCUUAGUUGAAAGAAAAGCGGGGAUAAUGAAAGGAUGGAGGAGGACGUGGAAGAGAGCAAGAAAAAGAUAUAGCUAAACCAGGGUCUAAACCUGGUCCAGACUGGAGAACAGUCUAUAAAGAUCAUGCAGUUUACCCCCGUGAGCACUGGAGGCUCACUGUCUCACACUACUACUAUUGCGGCCAUAGGAGUAUCAGAUUUUGUAGGUGAAGAAAGUGUGUCUCAGAGGAGUUAGAGAAGACCAGUUAAUAGAUGACAAUGCUACAGCCUGGAACUUCUAUUUGGAUCCUGGGUCUCCUAUCUCACUCAGCCUGGGUGAGUUUUCUGUGUCUCUACUGCCUCUCCAGUGCUAGUCUGCCAGCCCUCAUCACAAUUGUGAAGUAGGCAUGGAUGAACCUAGAAACCAUAAUUCUCAGCAAACUGGCAGAAGAACAGAAAACCAAACACCACGUUUUCAUUCAUAGGCGGGUGAUGAACAAUGAGAACACUUGGGCACAGGGAAGGAAACACAGAGCUAGGUGUGGGGGAGGGGGGAUGGCGGCGGGGAGGAUGGGGAGGGAUAACACUGGGAGAAAUGCCUGAUGGGGGGAUGUAGAAGUGUUGGGGGGUGGUGGAGGUGGGGAAUGGAGACAGCAGACCACAAUGGCAUGUAGGUACCUAUGCAAUAAUCCUGCAGGAUGUAGGAUGUGCACAUGUACUCCAGAGCCAAAUACAAUUAAAACAAACAAACAAAAAAGGUAUGCUCUUCUAUCAUCCUAGCACAAAUGGAAACUCAGGCCCAUACUGACUGAUGGCCUGUUUAAACUCUUAACAGUUUGAAGGGAAGGGGUUCAAAAGCAACCCAUACUUGCCCUUGCUGAUCUGGAAGGUGUGUAACCACUGGGAAUUGCCAUGCCUCUAAAUCUCCCUCAUUUCCCACUUGUUGAAUCCCAGCUUGGAUAGAACUGGUUACCAUAGAUAUAGGAGUAUAAGCACCUGGACUGGUUACCAUAGUUCUAGGAGCACACACGCCAACAGAAGCAGCGGUAGAAAUAUCAGGGAGGCUCUGACCAUCUCUCUACAAGAUACUGAGCAGGGCUGAUGGGCACACCUUUUCCUUAUUUGACUUUUUAUCUUUUUGCUCCAUGAUUUCUUUACAUACUUAAUCACACUCCUUCUCUUCUCCUGAAUUUUCUCCUGAAUCCUUUUCCUCAUCUUAUGUCUGAAACAGCUCCAGGGCAAAACACACCAAAGUCCAAAUGGACCACACCAAAUAAACCCUGUGUUGGCUUGAUCUUUGGCUGAUGUUACCCCAAUAUGACCGAGUUCCCCCAGCUGCCACCCUUGGAGAUUUUUUCAAAUGUUCUUGCGCCAAUUCCGAGCUCCCCCAACUAACCCUGGGAGAUUUUUUCAAACAUUCUUGGUCUACUUCAAGGUUCUCCCUAAUUCACCCUGGGAGUCUCCCUUGGGCUCCUCCUGAGCUCCCCAACUUACCCCAGGGAUUUUUUCCAGUAGUAUUUGGGCCACUUCUGGGUUCUCCCUAAUUCACCUAGGAGUCUCCCCCCGGGCUCCUUCUGGCUCCCCCUAACUCACCUGGGGGAUUCUUUUCAAACAUUGCAGAGAUACCUUCAGCUUAGCCUCUUUUUACAUUGUUCAGGCAAUCCUUCAUCCUGGGUUUUAGUCUCCACAUUUUGGCACCUCUUACCAAAACCCAGCUCAGUUGGGAGACCCCCACCCAGAUGGCGCUGAAGGUAUUUGAGAGGCAGAUACCAAAACAGCACAACGGAGUGAAUCUAUCCUGGGGACCAACAGCCUGAGAGCCUGUGGGGCUGACAGCUCUCCAGACUGAAAACCCCUGAGCAGAGAGUCAUCCAUGUGUUUAUUUGCUCUUUGACACGUGAUUCUUAUUAAUACACAGGUGAUCUACAUAUACAAAUAUACUAGGUAGGCAGCUGUUACCCGAAUACCACGAAUUAGAAACUAAAAGUAUCUUCCACAAGAGAACCAUGGGGGCAGGGUAAACUUAAUGUUUCUCAACAGUGGUCAUGCCUGCUUGCUGUUGGGAAUCGGGUUGUUUUGCUCACUCAAACUGGUAAACUUACUGAGGCUUGCUCUCGGCUUUGAUGACAGGGCAGCAUGAAAGACAGCUUUCAUUUUAUCCGCCUACGUUAGAGAAGACUUUCAACCUUUUUGCUGAGUUGUGGAGCUCUGGUUCAAUCUUAGAGAAAGGCAGGAUAGUGGAGUGGGGCUUGGAGCCAAGGUAACUCCAAUUUCCAACAGGCUCCAUCACCGAUGAGCUGUGUAGCCUCAGGCACAUCACUGAACCACUCUGAGCCUGUUGCUUCAACUGUAAAAUAGAGAUAAUAACACAGCAUCUUGCAGGAGUUGUGUGAAGAUGAAAGCUUUAGGUACAUAAAGAUAUAAAAUAUGGAAGAGUUUGGCACAUAAUAGACCCUCAUAAAUGUUCAGGAGUGCACAGAAUAAUUAAUCAUAAAUAUUGUUUAUGAAAUUAACAAACCAGAAGAUAAAUUAUGCUCAUGCUAACCCACCCACCUUAUGGAUGAUUAGUUCGGAUUCAGGAUCAGAUUUGAAAUAUCUUUUGAAACAUAUGUAGGGCAGAGAAAUUAACAUUUGAGUGCCUGGAGAAUCUUAAAUUUUCUCAUUCCUGACUUCUGAUAUAAAAUUUGCAAUACAGCAUAAGUUUUUGGUAUGCUCCCUUUUCUUUCAGACUUAUUUACUUUUAAUGAACAAACCAACCCACGGUAUCAUCUACAGUAAUGGCAAUUACAGCGAGUAGGAGAUAGAGCAAUAAAAAUGAACCAUAAACUCUAGUUCAUAAAGGGACGCCCAAAUCCAGGCGCUGACACAGUGAAGCUUCUAAAGACGUCAUCGGUGACUGAUGUUGCUGCAGUGUGAUUGAAUGGUUGUUUAGUCUGAAGGAGGUGGGCAUCAGUCAAAAAGGAAGGAUGGCAUAGUUAUCUCACCCAUUUGCUAAAUCAAAAUUGGAGAAAUUAUCUAGGGCAUUCAGCUAUUCUCUUGAGAACAUAACUAUUUCUUAAUUACCUAACUAGAAAACUCAUGAGCCUCUGGAGAAUUCUUAGGAAACGUUACAGAGAGUUUAUGUGAACUGCAGCCUCUGGUGGCAAAUGCCCCAGAGCAAAUCUCUCACUUGAAAUGAGUUCUCAGGGUCUGAUGCAGCCAAUCAUCCCCUUGUCGCUGUUCCCUCCUCCCCAUCCCUUUCUGCUACCACCAAUCUACGUGACUUCCCAGCUGGCCCCCUGCCCCCAGCCUCUCCAGAGUUGCCUUCAUGAAACACAGUUCUAAUCACAUCAAUCUGACUCAGACACUUUUAGUGGCCCCCCCAUGUCCCACAUGAUGAAGUCCAAACUUUUUCAAAUGAUACUUAAGGUCUUCCAUGAUCUGGCUUCAACUUACGUUGAAAUCUCUUCUCCUAGGUCUCCUUUACCCAGCCCUUAUUCUCAUCCUCACUAGUAACCUCAUGCAUCCAUUCAACAAACAUUUUUAAAGUGCCACAAAUCUAGCAUUGUGAUGGAGGGUGAGCAAGACACAGUCUCUGCUCUGGGGAGCUCAGAGUCUGGUGAUGGGCUCAGAGUCUGGACAAGCCAAAGAGUGUUUUCUCCAGUUACUAACACAGAGAGUUAGUCCCCAGUCAUUUACCCUAAGAAUGCCUCGUACUUUUUCUUUCAAACACAAAUAACAAGUAAAGGAUUAUCUAGGUAAUUAUUUAAUGCCUAUCUCUCCUCCCCUCAUUAGCCUAUAAACUUUUAAGGGCAGAGAGGGCAGAAUCAUGUCUGAUAAGUUCAUCCUACAUGUGCAUUGACAGUUAUAUAGUAAAUGACCUAAAAUAAAUAUUUUUGAAUGAUAUGUAUUUGUGUUCAUUUUUUCUUUUUGGAGCUUUACCAUAUUACUCUCAGAUACUGUGCAAAACAUUCCAGAAUCUGGAAUGUGUUCUCUAGUUCCAUGGGGCUGUUUCUCACCUGGUCUGAUGGCCAAUAACACGCAUAGGACUCCUUUAUUCCUGCCUCAAUAGAAGUGUCUGUGCACACACACACACACACACACACUUGCACACGGUCUCACACACUCCCAUCCCUCUAUUUAUUUUUACAUUUGCAUCCAGAAGCCAAUAUGUUAUCAAGGGGAUGUUAACCUGGUUAGAAAAUCCGACUCUGACAGAAUCUUGAAUAUUUGCUCCAUAAAUUCAUCAGUGCAAGGGCAGACUUCAUACUUAGCAACAUUCAGAAUUGCCUUGGUUCCAAAAUUUUAAAAAGGAAUGCAAAAUUAAAAAGAAUCAAAAUGCUUAAAAUGCUAAAUAUAGAGAAUAACUAUGAAUACCAAGCCCCUUGCUAAUCUUAUAGAUUGCUCAUCUCGACUUAUGGCUUCAAAUAUUACUUAUGUGUUGUCUUAGGGUGGGUGACCCAGAAGCAGAGCCUGAUUUGUACGCACAUGAUUUCUUAAGGAAAUACUCCCUGGACUGGUAAGGCUGAGGGAGAUGUAAACAGAGGAGAGAAAGCCCAGCAAAGGUUUAAUCUCAGGCAGGCUUUGCAAAGGGUGGUGGGUUUAACCCAAUCCUGGGUGUACAGAAACCCUGGGGCUUAAGAUAUGCCCAGAGUUUUUUGGAACAAGAGAACUAGGCUUUCACACACCUUCUGCUCUGUACCCUGUGCCUGUGUGUCACUGGUCAAGGAUUGUCCUAGAACACGAGUCUUCAAACCCUGGGCCACGAACCGGUACCUGUCUGUGGUACUGUUAGAAACUGAGCUGUAGAGCAGGAGGUGAGUGGUAGAUGAGCAAGCAAGUGAAGCUUCAUUUGUAUUUACAGUCACUCCCUAUCCCUCGCAUUACUGCCUGAGCUCCACCUCCUGUCUUAUAGCACAGGAAUCACCAACUUCUGGACCAGGGACUGGUACUGGUCCUGACCUGUUAAGAGCUGAGCUGCACAGCAGAAGAUGAACAGUGGGCCAGAGAGUGAAACUGAGCUUCACCUCCUGUCAGAUCAGCAGUGGCAUCAGAUUCUCAUAGAAGCAGGAACACUAUUGUGAACUACAUAUGUGAUGGAUCUAGGUUACAUGCUCCUUAUGGUAAUCUAGUGCCUAAUGAUCCAUCACUGUCUCCUAUCACCCUCAGAUGGGACUAUCUAGUUGCGGGAAAACAAGUUCAGGGCUCCCGCUGAUUCUACAUUAUGGGAACAAUGCUAUGCAGGUCUAUUUCUCAUUUCAGUAAAAGUUCAGGCCAAUUCUAGACCUGCUGGAAUCACUUCACAGAGCACAGCAUCUCAAAUGCAACGUGUUCAAAACUGAGAUCUUGAUGGUGCUUCCUCGAUUCUUUCUCAUCCUGCUAAUGACAACUUCAUUAUAUUUGCUCAGACCAAAGACCAUGGCAUCAUGUGACAACUCUCUGUAUUUCAUGCCCCACCUCCAAUCUAUCAACAAAUCCUGUUGGUGCUACCUUCAAAAUAUGUUCAGAAUUUGGCUGAGUGCAGUGGCUCACACCUAUAAUGCCGGCACUUUGCGAGGCCAAGGUGGGUAGAUCACAUGAGGUCAGGAGUUAAAGACCAGCCUGUGAAACAUGGGGAAAACCAGUCUCUACUAAAAAUAUGAAAAAAAAUUAGUUGGGUGUGGGGGCAUGCACCUGUAGUCUCAGCUAUUUGGAAAGCUGAGGUUUUCAAUCACUUGAACUUGGGAGGUGGAGGUUGCAAUGAGCUGAGAUUGCACCACUGCACUCCAGCCUGGGAGAGUGAGACUUCAUCUCAAAUCUGUAUAUAUAUUCAAAGUUCUAUCACUCUCACCUUCCUCACUCACACUACCAUGAUCCAAGGUGCCCUCAUCUUUCACCUGCUGCUGUGGUUUAAAUGUGUGUGUCCCUCUAAAAUCCAUAUGUUGGAACUUAAACCCCAACCUGAUGGUACUAGAAGGUGGGAUCUCUGGGAGGUGAUUCAGUCAUGAGGAUUCUACCCCCAUGAAUAGGAUUAAUGCCCUCAUGAAAGGGCUGCAGGGAACUAGCUAGGUCCUUUUGUCUUCUGCCAUGCGAGGACACAGAGAAGGCACCAUCUAUGAGAAACAGGCCCUCACCAGACUCAGAAUAUGCUGGUGCCUUGACCUUGGACUUCACAGCUUCUGGAACUUUGAGAGUCAGUUUUGAUUGUUUAGAAAUUGUCCAGUCCCAGGUAUUUUGUAAUAGCAGCUGGGCCUCGACUAAGACACCUCUUAACUGGCUACCGGCUGUGCCUUGCCCCCUUUUCAGUCUCCUCUCAACAUAGCAGUCAAGGCAAACCCAUGAAAAGUGAGUCACUUCUCUGCUAAGACAUCGCAAAUGACUCUCAUCCCACUCAGAAGAAAAGCAGAGGUCCUAACUCUGACCACGGGCUCAGUGUGACUUGGUUGCUCUUGACUUCUCUGAUGCCAUCACCUGCUACGCUCUUUUCUCCACUCUAGUUGGACUACCUUCCUCGUUCCUCAACAUGCAGGCACGCCUCCGCUUCUGGCCUUCCAGGUUCCCUCCACUGGAAUGCUCUUUUCCCCUGUGAUCUGUUUUGCCCCCUACUUCCUGCAGGUUUUCUGGUGGAGGCUUUCUAGAUACUUACCUAAAACUUCAGUCUCCUUCCAACAUUUACAGUCCUCUUCCAGUCUUCAGUUACUUUUGUUUCUUAGCCUUUAUCACUGACCAGCACUAUAUACAUUUACUUAUAUGUCCCUUUUACAGACGGUCUUCCUUCUAGAAGGCGAGUUCAAGGAGGGUAGGAAGGUUGCUUUGUUUACUACUGUAUUCCCAGUUCCCAGAACUGAACCCGAUACAUGGAAAUUACUCAGUACAUAUUUUUUGAAUGAAUGUUACUCAUAAUCAUAGAUCAGUAAUAUCAUGGAUCAAUCAGACUGUAAAUUGUUUUGGAGUAUGAGCUAUCAUAUAUUUUAAUAUUCCACAUUGUAUGUGAUAUAUAUCUCUUCAUUUUUGCAGGUUUUCAGUAAACAUGUAUUGAAAGAGCUAAACUGAAAUAUGCUAACCUUUAAAUUAAAAGUGUACCAGUUUUAAUAUUUGGAGCUGUGAAUGACUUUCAAAAAUAAUACAAAUGUUUAAGAUUUUAUACAAAAGAGUCGCUAUGCUUGAUUAUAUCGAAGAUAUCACUGAAUAUAUAACACCAUUAUUUUAUGUUCUAUGGAGACAAAAAAUGCUGCCAAUUAAAUGAUGAUUAAAUA